AUGUUAACGCCAAAAUCUGCUGUACCCAAAACUCCUUUGCAUCUGGCGGCCAAGAAUGACAAACUGGGAGCUGCGCAUCUUUUGGCUUGCCAGGGAGCUAAUACUUUAGUUCAGGAUAAAGGUGGGCGGUGUCCCACUGAGUAUGCAAUCAUGAGAGGCCAUACAGACAUGUUCGAGCUUCUUAUUCAGGACACUGGCGACACUAGAUAUACUGACGCACUACCACAACGCGAUUUUGUCACUUCUGUUCAGUGCUCGGCUGUCAACAUCGUCAGGUGCAUCCUUGAUCGACUCCCACGUAUCGUGAAUAGCUCCGGGGGCGUUGACUCCUUUCUGCACAUCGCCGCGCGUGACUCGAACGGCGAGAUAAUCAAGCUCUUGCGCGACCGCCUCCCAGGACUUGACACAAACCACGCAGGGGUCAAAGGAACGACGCCCAUCCACGAUGCCGUCGCUCAUAUAAAUGUGGAAGCCCUGCAGCAGCUGCUGAAAGCCAACCCGGAUCUGGAGAAGACUGAUGACGAUGGUAAAACGCCGUUGCUUCUAUCUGUCCGCAAGGGUAUGUCUCCAGGCAUCUGCAGCCUCCUUCUAAAUACAGGGGCUGCCAAGCUACUUCUGGAGCAUGGGGCCCAGGUUAACAAUCCAGGAAAGACAAUGGCCCAAAGCCAGGUCGAACAUGGAGCUGACAUCAAUGCCAGGAAAAGUGACCUCUGGACCCCGCUUCAUAUAGGGUGCCACUGGUCAGUUCCUGAUACUGUGUGA